CGGUCAAAAAUCUUCAAACACGAAUUUCCCUCAUUAAAGACAUAAUCUUUCUCUCUCUCCCUCAAUCAGUCUUUAUACAUUUCCCUAUCUGUGAUUUGGUGAUCUCUCAACAAAAACCCUUCAAGAUCAACUCACAAUAUAAGCACAGGAAGAAAAAACCAAUCUUGAUCACUGUCAAGAAACACCACUUUCGAAAAAGUAAUGAGUAUUCUUCACUACCCUGAUGAGAUUAAUGCACCAGAGCUACAGGUGUGGAAUAAUGCGGCAUUUGACAAUGGCGAAUCAGAGGACUCGCUGCGGAUCAAAUCUUCUUGGUGGACUCAAUCUCUUGAAUCCAGUUGCAGCAAGGAGAAUCUGAGCCCUGUUUUAGAGAAAUCCCCUGUUUCUCUCAGAUCUUCGGUAUCUUCAAUGCCCGUCAAGCCCCUUAACGCCAACAGCCUCAUUGCUAACGCGCAAGGGAAUCCGUUGAAGCUUGUUUCGAAACCGGGUUCGGUGUCCAAGAAUGUGAUUCUGGAAGAAGAGAAAAAUCGUGAUGAGAGAAAGAUAGACAAGGAGAUAGAAGAUAUCGAGAAGGAAAUUAACCGCUUAUCGUCAAGACUCGAAGCGCUUAGGCUGGAAAAGGCGGAGAGGAGUCUGAAAAUAGAAAGGAGAGGUAGAAUUGUGCCGGCAAAAUUCAUGGAGCCAAAACAGACGGUCAAAAUUGAAGAGCCAUUGAUUUCUAGUUCGAAAACAACAAAGAUUAAUCGAAGAGGAGUCAGCUUGGGGCCAUCGGAGAUAUUUUCUGGAGCUAAGUCUCGGUUAUUGGGUAAGCAAGAAAUAACCCCUGUUCCUACACAGAAUCGCAGGAAAUCUUGUUUCUGGAAGCUUGAAGAGACCCCCGAGUUGAAAGCAACUAAAGAAAGAGGAAAGAGUUUAAGUCCAAGAUCGCGCAAAACUGUUUCCAAGAUUCAAGCUCCGAAGAUGGCUGCUACUACAGUAGGAUCUAAAAAGUUAGCGAAGAAAGAAGAUGGUUUUCUUGCAUUAAUCCAGCCAAAGACAUUGUUCAAAGAUGGAGAAAAAUCAGCGACAAAUAAGAAGCCAGUGAAACCCGGAAGGGUUGUGCCAAGUAGGUAUAAUCAAUUUGUCACUAAUCUCUCUAAUGGGAGUUUAACUUCAAGUGAGGUUCGAAAAAGGUCUCUUCCUGAAAGUGAUAAGGAAGAUGGCAACAAAAAGCGUGCUUCUCGAGGCAGUGGCGUGAAUCAGAGAAUCGACAGUAUCAAACUGAAGAAGAAGUGGGAGAUACCGAGAGAAGUAGUGAUGUUCAAAAGCGAAGUUGUGGUGGAGGAAUCAGUGCCAUCUUUUGCGGUGAUGGGCGAUGUUUUGCCGAAGAUAAAGACUUCCCGAUGUGUGAAUGAGACUCCAAGGGACUCGGGAGCUGCAAAAAGGGUGGCUGAUUUGGUUGGGAAGAAAUCGUUCUUUUGCACUGAUGAAGAGGAAACAGCAGGGGACUCUGUUUGUCAGGCUCUGAGCUUUGAAGAAGAGGAUAUGAAGUUUAGUCCACCUUGAAUUGCUUUACUGAUUAAUAUUGAAAAGCCAUAAUUCUUGUUAUGGGCUUGCUUGUCUAAAUGGGUUAUAAGUUUUCUUUCCCCCAAGUUAUUUGAUUUCUGCUAUGCAAUAAUGGGAUAAGCUUGUCUCUUGCUUUUGUUGAUGAUAACUAUGUUUCAACCUUCAUGCCUAUGUGCUGUUAAAUAUUGCAAUGAUAUCAUAUUCUGCGUUCAA